UAUGGUUGAUCUGAAGCUCCGUGUGUCUACAUGUAUAUGUACUGUAUCUAUCUUUGGGUUAGACAUAGUCGCUGCCGUAUGUACUGGAUAUUUUGAAUAUAUUCUCUUUGAAAAAUUCCAUGAUUGUAAAUAAAGCUUGUAUUACUAUUGAACUCCAGUGAAAAUGAGAAGAACCAGUAGAUCACAUGUAAAUAGCUGAAGGACUCGAGGCCAAAGAUGAACAAGAAGUCCACUCCCAGCAAGGCCGGGAUGACCUACAGGACCAACUCCCGCAAGAAUGGAUGGAGCUGCCCGCCUCACCCGCUGCAGUUUGUGGCCUGGAUCUUCAUUGCCUUUUUUGCGGUGAUGUUUCAUGGCAUGGCUGUACCUACCAUUCCAUAUCAUUGGCAGCCAGCCUGUCACAUGAUAGCUGGCGUGAUGCUGGCUGUGCACGUCUUAACCCACCUGGUCUGUCUGACUAUCAACCCUGCCGACCCCAACACCCUACGCAAACACAAGAAGGUCAUGCCGACGUUUGACAGGACACAGCACAAACAUGUCAUUGAAAACAACCAUUGCUACCUCUGUGAGGUGGAUGUUGGCUUGAAAUCCAAGCAUUGCAGUUCAUGCAACAAGUGCGUCGCUGAUUUUGAUCAUCAUUGCAAGUGGCUGAACAACUGUGUGGGCUCGAGAAAUUACAGGUGGUUUAUCUCUUGUCUGUGCACAGCCUUUCUAUGCUGUUUGUUUGUCUUUGCUGUCUUCCUGUACAUCUCCAUAGUCUACUGGGUCAACCCAAGGCUGCUUCAUCCAGAGUUAUUCGACAAUGCUGCAACCACUCAGCCAACAGUCACAACCGAUGAAUCCAUGUCUGGGCAAAUACUCAACAACUCAACAAGUCCGUCACCUGACAACUCCGACCCCUUGUUAGCCUACCGCACUGGUCUCCGGAUAUUUGCGGAGGUGUCCGGAAUUGCCUUCUUUGUAGUGGCCAUUGUCAUGGCUGUUCUGUUGUUUGUAACCCUUUGCCUUCUGGGUCAUCUCCUGGGCUUCCAUCUGUAUCUUAUCUGCAAAGGCAUGAGCACCUAUGACUACGUCAUGCAAGACCGCAAUGCAUUCAUCAGUGGGGAUGUCGAAUCCCAGCAACAGCGACCAAGGAAAAAAGGAUGUUGCAAGUGCCAUAACCAAGUAGCACCUCUGCCCGAAGCAAAAGAGGAGAUCGAGCUCACUGAUACCAAAAAAGACAGUACUACAAGGCAACUAGAGUCCAACAACAACUCCAACUCCAACUUACAACAGCAGCUGGUGAUAUCAGAGCCUCUCAUCAAGCAGGAACUGCAGCAACAACAGCAGAAUAGCAUACCAGUUACUGACAGCAAGCCCAAGCCCAAGAAGAAAAAGAAGUCCAAAAAGAAACCCCAUCACCUGCGUUCCCUCACAGCCCGGGAAUCUCUCCAGCCAGCCCUAAUGGGCCACCCGUUCCCUUCUUCCCAGAUGAACCUGGCACACAGCAUGCCCCAGACCUAUCUGGAGCAGCACCUCGUCAGGCGGUUCAGCCUGCCAUUGGUGACCCCAGCUGGGAUGCACCCACAAUACCCACCAUCCGAGCCUGUGGAGGACCUCUUCUUCACACAGCAAUUUCCCACCAUGCGGCGGCCUGUUGUGAGUUCCCACGACGGACAACCUCAGCAGCAUCCCAUACCCGUUCCCGCAGCCAUCAGCUUUGACUCACCCACCCCCGCCCUGGACUACCACUCCUCGUCAGCCGAAAGCCUGGUUGAGAUACCCAUUGGUCGAGUGCACCACAGGGGUUCCCUCAGCAACCCUACACAGACAGCAGUUUUGCCUGGUGGUGGGUACCAGUUAGCAGCAGCUUACCCACACCCUUUAGAGAAGUGGCAGCUCAAUCACAGCAGCCACCCCAACUUGAUGAUGAAUGGUAACCAGUGGCAACCGGACAUGAAGCAAUUCGGCAGAGGAAUGAAUUUUUCAGGUAGCAACGUAAACGGCAUUACCCAUGUUAAGAAAUCCAAAAGGACCUCAGCUAGGACUAAAAAAGAAGUGACUGGAAUCAGACCUCUAAAUGAAAUUGAAAGGGAGAGAAAGGACUCUAUCAGUGAACCUCUGCUCGUAGAAAAUUCGCAAGGAGCAACGUUGCAUCAAGUGCCAAACUCUGACCGACUUGACGGAACUCCUGGAGAAAAUGCAAAGAAGAGAACCAAGAAGCAGAAAUUGCCAACAGCCAUGGAGACAACUGCUGAAGUUCACAGGGAGCUGGACAAUCACUUGUUAGUGGGUCAACAUUCUUCCAGUGAUAGCUGGAAGAAGGAUGUGCAGGGGGUCAAUCAGGAUGCCCAAAUCUUAGAAACUCAAGACGCCCACUUUGAGCAUUGCAGCCAGGAAACUGCCCAACCAGAGGCAAGAACUCGGAGCAAACAGUUGCCAUUGCAGUCUCUCCCAGUGGCUGCACCCCGUAGAAGGAUGCUGAAGUUGGGCCCGGAGUCAUCAGGAAGUCGGACUUCUCUCCAGACCUCCUCAUCCCAGCAGCAUCUCCUGGAAGGGGCAGACGAAGGGUGUGGGCCUCCAUCGGGGAGAUCAAGGAAGGAGGAGCAGCAGGAGCCCCAGGAUGACAGCUCUCAUGACCUUGUCUCCCUGCCUGGUUCCAUCCCUGAGGUCCCGCCUCUGGAUCUCAGCCCCCUAACUGGCACCAUGGACUCCAAUCCUGCCACGGUGACACAAAGAGAACCCUCUGAGGGUGGGUCCAUCUCAGAUGCUCAGCUAGUUGAAGGUUACUCAGCCAAGGAGCCAAGACCUGUGUCAUCAAGACGGUCCUUGCUACUGCGGUACUAGGCCAAAUUGUUCAAUCAAGUUGGAUAUUUCUGUUUCUUUUCCCUUAUUAAAGCCUCUUGCAGUUUUCCUCAUUUCAAAAACUGGAAAAAAAGGAAGGAAAUUACCCCGUGGAAAUCCAGUUUCUAAUUUCAAUGGUUGGUAUAAAGCUAAUUUGUCUGUGAAAAAAAUGGCCCAUGAUUAUUUGAGAAAAAUAAACAUGGAUCAUGUUUCAAGAGGGAAAAUUCACAUUGUUUCAUUUAAACACGUUGGGAUAGUGUUUCUACCAUUAUCAGUAGGUUGAGUUGAUUUAAAUUUGAAAGGAUGGAAUGUGCAUUGUACAUUAAUCAAACAGCGGAGCAGCUUCUGCAAAUCUUAACAGAAGCUAAUUGCUGCAUCUGCAUGGACUAUGCCAGAUUGUGAAACACAUAAACAGAAUAAGCACCAAAAUAUAUAAAAUCCCUGCUGGUGUACAUGUAUCUGCACGGCAGAUGAAUUACAAGUGCACUUCUAGCUUACAUUUUUAGUGGCAAUUUUUUGUUCUUUAAAGAAAUGAGGCAUUUUACCAGCAUGAGUAGUUUUUGAAGCAGCUGUUCUCUGGUACAUUUUCAGUUCUGCUAUUGCACACACAAUUACAUGUGUUAGACCUACCGGUACCUGCACAUUCCUGAAGUUACAUGUAAGUACAUGUAGGCUGCAGACUUCAAAACCGUAACAGUUUGCAAUGGCAACCAAUAAUUAUGAAAUUUGAUCCUGUCUGAAAUGUUUUACUAAUGUAUAAUGGAAAGGGACAAGCUGGAGUUGAUAAUUUAACAGAAGCCUCUAAAGUCUCAGGAAUGAUAUCUUCAUGUGUGCAAAUGUUUUUAGUAUUACAAUGACAUAUGUAUUAUGUGGUCUGCUGUGAUCACGAUGCAGCUGCUUUGUGAGAAGCGUGUGACACUGUCACUCUGGUGCUGCAAGCUUUCUGAAUAAUCUGUCAGUUUGAUAAGCACAACUGUCUUCAUGGCAGUUAAUGGUCUACAGCCAGAUAGAUUAUAAGUCUCAGGCAGGACAUGUACUAGGCUGUGCAUGAAUUAGCCAUAUUUAUCAACAUGGUACACCUACAUGUAUCAUUAUCAUGGUGCUGCUUCUGGCAAAACAAACUGCAGCCAUAGAACCAGCCUGCCACAUCUGGGCAUGACUGAUACCAUAUCCUUUACAUGUACAAAAUAUGAGUGCACACUUGUGCCUGGCACCAAGAAGCAUGUUUUCACUUGAUUUACAGCGGACAUGUGCAUGCCUUUCACUUGAUUUUGCAAAACAAUGUUUAUUUUUUUUAUACCUAAAUUUAUCUGGUUCUGACUGUGGAUUCGCAUGUUCUUUAGACUACUUUCUAUGCACAUGUACUCGUAUAUGUUGUAAUUGUCGUACUCCAGAAUGUACAUGUGAAAGGGAUGAUGCAAUUUUCUAACCAGCGUACUUGGCAGAGUUGGACAACUCCCAGCAAAUAAGAUGUAGCAUGGAGGUAGGCACCAGCCCCCCCCCCCUUCUGCAAUUUUGAAAGUUCGCUUAAUGUUCACAUAUGCAAUACAUACAUGUACAAUCAUGGUCUUCGGCAUGGGUAAUCAUUACAUUAACAAAGCAAGACAUCGGUGUACACAUUUACACAUACAGGGUACACUGAGGUUGGUUAUUGCCGAAUGACAUGUAGCUUAACCACUUCGAGUACAUAGGCUUUAUAUACAGAGCCGGGGAGCCCGGACCUGGGACAAUAGAGUUGGGCCUUAUAACAAA